AGAAGGUAUUACAGUAUGUAGACCCUUAUUACGGCUAGUAACUGUGGGAGGGCCGGUACUGAGCAUCCCCAAUAGUGAGAUAGCGCUGCACUGCUCGGGGUAGCGCUGCACCCCAAUAGCCAGGUAACGGGACAACGCGGCAGCACCGCUCUCACAUGACCAGGAGCAGGCAGCGCGCUAUAUCCAGAAGCAGCUAUAUAGCCGGCGUGUGGAAGCAGCUGCGGCCUGUGACUGGCUGCCGGGUGCUGCGGUAUUUGCAUAACAAUCCUGCAGCGGCGCAUGACGGAUCCGAGCACCAGCCAUAAGGUGUCAGGGCCACCUGUCUCCCCGGGAAACGCAGCUCCUGUCCAUGGACCACGGAGAUGAGAUGCUGGCCUCUGACCGUUGUUUAGGUCUGGGUUAAUGCAUAAAGAAUGUGCAAGUUGACAGAUGGCUUCAAGUGACAAUAAAAGUGAAGAGGUUCCAGAUAAUCUCCAGCCUGGGGACCUGAUUGAAAUAUUUCGACCGGCAUAUCAACACUGGGCCCUUUACCUGGGUGAUGGAUAUGUCAUCAAUGUUGCUCCAAUGGAGGAGACCACUGCUGCUUCAUUUUCAAGUGCAAAGUCUGUCUUCAGCAGAAAGGCUCUUGUGAAGAUGCAGCUCCUAAAAGACGUCGUGGGUAAUGAUACUUACAAAGUGAACAACAAGUAUGAUGAUAAAUAUACCCCACUCCCAGCUGAAGAAAUCAUCCGACGGGCAGAAAUUCUUAUUGGACAAGAAAUAUAUUAUGACCUUCUGGGAAAUAACUGUGAACAUUUUGUGACAUUGCUACGUUAUGGAGAAGGUGUAUCAGAUCAGGCUAACAAAGCUAUAAGCGCCAUUGGGUUUGUGACAGCGGCCGCUGGAGCUUUCUCACUACUCGGCAUAUUUCAAAAUAAAUCAAGGCAAGGACAGUAUUAACAUGGGACAAAGUGAUGUUCUUGCCACAAUUAAAAAUGGUUUGGAUAAACAACAAAGAACUAAUAUAUCUACAACAUCUUUUUCAAUAAAAAAAAAAGUGUUAAACCACA